AACAAAGCCAUUGACGUUUGCUGAUUGUGUUGGGGAUGAACUUCCUUUAGGAUGGGAAACUGUAUAUGAUAAACAAAUUGGAAUUUAUUACAUGGACCACAUAAAUAAGCUUACCCAGAUUGAGGAUCCAAGAGAACAGUGGAGGCGAGAACAGGAACGCAUGUUGAAGGAAUAUUUAAUUGUAGCCCAGGAGGCUCUCAAUGCCAAGAAAGAAAUCUACCAGAUUAAGCAGCAGCGGUUUGAGUUGGCUCAGGAAGAAUACCAGCAGCUGCACAAAAUGUGUGAGGAUGACAGCCGCUCGUACGCCAGCUCUUUCUCUGGAUAUUCAACAAAUACAAAAUAUGACCCACACCAAAUUAAAGCAGAAAUAGCGAGUCGUCGGGAUAGGCUUUCCAGAUUAAAGCGGGAGCUGACCCAGAUGAAGCAGGAACUGCAGUACAAAGAAAAGGGGGUGGAGACGCUGCAAGAGAUCGAUCGGAAGAUGUCAAGUGCUCACACCAACUACAAACUGGAUGAGGCACAGGCUAUCAUGAGUGAGCUUCGCACCAUCAGGAAAGCCAUCUGUACUGGCGAGAAGGAGAGGCGGGACCUCAUGCAAAGCCUGGCCAAGCUGACUGAUGGCUUCAAAAACAGCUGCUCUGUUACCGACUCUCUACAAGAUGUCCCUCACCACACAGGUGUGACUGGCAAUCCUGGUGUACACCAGCAGUUCUGCGAUGCCGGCUCUCAGACUGACAUCAUCGGGGAGUUUGUCUUUGAUGAUAAAACAAGACUUGUAGACCGAGUCAGACUUAAUUGGCAGUAUGAGGAAGCCAGAAAGAGAGUCUCCAGCAUCCAGCAGCAGCUGGCCCGGCUGGAUAACGAGUCCUGGCCCGGCACGGCCGAGGCUGACAGGGACCGGCUGCAGCUCGUCAAGGAGAAGGAGGCCCUGCUUCAGGAGCUCCAGCUCAUCAUUCAGCAGCGCCGCUCGGCAGGAGACGUGGCCCGGCUGGAGGCAGAGCGGGGGCGGCUGGAGGAGGAGCUGCAGCGUGCGAGGGCCACGUCGGCACAGGGCGCCACGGAGAGGAUUCUACUUCAAGAGAAGAAAAACUGUCUCCUCAUGCAGCUGGAAGAGGCCACUCGCUUGACAUCCUAUCUCCAGUCCCAGCUGAAAAGCCUGUCUGCCAGCACUCUGACGGUGUCCUCGGGGAGCAGCCGCGGGUCCCUGGCCUCCAGCCGGGGCUCACUUGCCUCCAGCCGGGGCUCCCUGAGCUCCAUCAGCUUCACGGACAUCUACGGCCUCCCGCAGUAUGAGAAGCCCGACGCUGAGUGUGGCCAGCUUCUGCGCUUCGAUCUGAUUCCCUUUGAUUCCCUGGGACGAGAUGCCCCCUUCUCAGAUCCCCCAGGCCACUCAGGCUUCCAGAGGCAGAGGCGGUCCCUGGACACGCCCCAGUCCCUGGCGUCCCUGUCCUCCCGCUCCUCCCUGUCCUCGCUGUCGCCCCCAAGCUCCCCCCUGGACACGCCCUUCCUCCCGGCCUCGCGGGACUCGCCUCUGGCACAGCUGACGGACAGUUUUGAGGUGCCAGGCCUGGGUGCCCUGGACAGACUGCGGGUUCAGGCCUCUAUUCUAGGGGAUGAAGAUUUGCAGGGCACGGCAUCCCUUCAGCCACAUGGGUUCCCUGGGGACGGGGAAGGACUGCAUGAGCGAGGACCCCAGCUGGCCAGUGCUCCCCUGGGUGGAACCGUGACUCUUCGAGAAGACAGUGCCAAGCGACUGGAGAGGAGAGCGCGCCGCAUCUCUGCAUGCCUGUCGGAUUACUCGUUGGCCAGUGACAGUGGGGUGUUUGAACCUCUGACCAAAAGGAGCGAGGAUGCUGAGGAGCCUGCCUACGGAGAUGCUUGCGGGAGCGAGGACCCCCAGAUCCAUGUGGGACUUCUGCGUGACAGUGCCAACGAAUGUCUGCUGGUGCACGUGCUGCAGCUAAGAAACCCUGCUGCUCUGGUGCUGAAGGAAGACUGCAGAGUCCAUAUCCGCGUCUAUUUGCCCCCGCUGGACUCAGGCACACCUAGCACCUACUGCUCCAAGGCCCUGGAAUUCCAAGCACCGCUGGUAUUUAAUGAAGUUUUCCGAAUCCCUGUGCAUUCCAGCGUGUUGACAUUGAAGUCGCUUCAAUUGUAUGUGUGUUCAGUGAAUCUGCAGCUGCAGGAAGAACUGCUGGGCAUUGCUCAGAUUAACUUGGCCGACUAUGACAGUUCCAGUGAGAUGCAGCUGCGCUGGCACUCUGUCCAAGUGUUCACCAGCUCCGAACCACCGAGGACCAGGGAGCCCGGGCGUGUGGGAGAGGGCUCUGCCCGGGACCCUGUACUCACCGUCUCCAUCUCCGGCAAGACGGAUGCGGUGACAGUGCUGCUGGCCAGAACCACGGCGCAGCUGCAGGCGGUGGAGAGGGAGCUGGCCGAGGAGCGAGCCAAGCUGGAGUACACAGAGGAGGAAGUUCUGGAGAUGGAGCACAAGGAGGAGCAGGCUGAGGCCGUGUCUGAGCGGAGUUGGCAAGCUGACUCGGUAGACAGUGGCUGUAGCAACUGCACCCAGACCAGCCCCCUGUACCCUGAGCCCUGUUGUGUCGGUGUUGACUCCAUCCUCGGACACACGUUCACUGGUCAGGCAGAGACUUACAGCCCUGAGAAAUGUCAGCCCCCACCUCUUAAGGUUGACAAGGAAACCAACACAGAAGAUCUCUUCCCAGAAGAAGCGGCGAGUCUUCUGAAGGAGCGGCCCAGUCGCCGGGCCCGAGGGUCACCUUUUGUCCGGAGUAGCACGAUCGUCCGUUCUCAGACCUUCUCUCCUGGAGCACGAAGCCAGUAUGUUUGCAGACUUUAUCGUAGCGACAGCGACAGUUCAACGCUGCCCCGGAAGUCCCCCUUUGUCCGAAAUACUUUGGAAAGACGAACCCUUCGCUAUAAGCAGUCUUGCAGGUCUUCCCUGGCCGAGCUCAUGGCCCGCACCUCCCUGGACCUGGAGCUGGAUCUCCAGGCGUCAAGAACACGGCAGAGGCAGCUGAACGAGGAGCUCUGCGCCCUCCGCGAUCUGCGGCAACGACUGGAGGACGCCCAGCUCCGCGGCCAGACCGACCUCCCGCCCUGGGUGCUUCGGGACGAGCGGUUCCGCAGUCUGCUGAAGGAAGCCGAGAGGCAGACAAGACAGACCAAACUUGACUACCACCAAGAACAGGCAGCCGAGAAGAUGCUGAAGAAGGCCUCCAAGGAGAUCUACCAGCUGCGUGGGCAGAACCACAAAGAGCCCAUCCAAGUGCAGACCUUUCGGGAGAAGAUAGCAUUUUUUACAAGGCCAAGGCUCGGCAUACCUCCCCUCCCAGCCGACGACGUCUGAUGGAGUACACCGUGCACAUGGAGUGUUUGCCUGCCUGCUUUAUUUUCAUGAAGUUCUUAGACUAGCUAAAUUUGUCUUUAAAAUAUUUGUGCAAAGCUAUUAAUAUACACAUUUUGUAAAAAAGCACAUAUAUCUAUACAUAUAUAUUUUAUAAUAGCGACGGCAACAGGGCUUGGUUUUUCCUUGUUGUGAAAUUGACAUCUCUGGAGACAGGUUAUUUUAUAAAAGAUCAACUAUCAUGUUUAGAAUGUACAGUUUUUACGCUGUUUUAUUUGACAUAAAGGCUGGAAAGACAGAAACGAAGUGAGUUCAGGCAAAUUCACUGUAUUGUAAUUUAUUUAUAGUACUUUUUUUUCCUUGAAGGAAAAUACUGACUUUAAGAUGUAUUUUAAGACUGAAAUUUUGUU